AUGGCGACACCUGCAAAGGGAUACGCGGCUCUGUCGGCCAAAGCUCCUCUUGGACCGUACGCUUUCCAGCGGCGCGCCGUGGGGCCCAAUGACGUGAGCAUCAAAAUUGCGUACUGUGGCGUUUGUCACAGCGACAUCCACCAAGUACGGGAUGAGUGGGCGGCUGGCCUAUUUCCCAUGGUUCCUGGUCACGAGAUUGUUGGGCAUGUCACGGCCGUCGGUGCUAACGUAAAGAAAUUCAAGGUCGGUGACACAGUUGGUGUGGGCUGCAUGGUGGACUCGUGCCGGACGUGUGAGGAGUGCAAGAAGGGUCUUGAGCAGUAUUGUCUGGAAGGAAACACCGGGACAUACAAUUCACGCACCCGCGACGGUAAGGAUGUUACUCAGGGCGGAUACUCUGACCACAUAGUGACCAAUGAAGACUUCGUCCUGCGUGUGCCCUCCAAUCUUGACCUCGCCGCUGCUGCGCCACUGCUGUGUGCUGGCAUCACGACGUACUCGCCGCUGCAUCACUGGGGCGUGAAGGCCGGAACAAAGGUUGGUGUUGUUGGGCUCGGUGGUCUUGGCCACAUGGCAGUGAAAAUCGCAAAGGCGAUGGGCGCGGAUGUGACGGUGUUUACCACCACGGAAAACAAAAAGGAGUCCGCCAAGAAGCUUGGUGCAGACCACGUUGUCCUCUCCAAGGACCCAAAGCAGAUGGAGGCCGUGAAAGGCACACUCAACUACAUUCUUGACACUGUUGGGGCACCGCAUGAUCUGUCGCCGUACAUUCUUGCCCUCAAGACAGAUGGUGUGCAUACUUUGGUGGGUGCACCAGCAGGUAAUCACCCUCCGGUGCCACCAUUCCUGUUGAUCAUGGGCCGAAAAUCAGUGGCAGGUUCAGUCAUCGGUGGAAUUGCAGAAACGCAGGAAAUGCUUGACUUCUGUGGUAAGCACGGCAUCGUGUCAGAAAUCGAAAAGAUAAACAUCGAUUAUAUCAACACUGCAUACGAACGGGUGAUUAAGAGUGAUGUGAAGUACCGUUUUGUUAUUGAUAUGGCAUCUCUGAACAAAUGA